AUGACGACCACAGAAGCCGAUAGCAGGGUUUAUAAUCGGAACAUCAAGGCCCGACAGUCAUCUGACAACUCAAGCCCUGCUGGCAAUCAUGAUAAGGUGGUGGAGGAAGAUGCGAGGCAGUGGGAAAGAUGUGCUGAGAAGAUCAAAAUAAAAGUCAUGGAGCAGGUCCAGGAUCAGCUCAAUGAAAUUCUAGACAGAGUUCUGACUGAGUCCGUCCAGUCCCUCUCCAACACACAGUCAACAGUAAAUGGAAAAACAAAAAAUAUAAGCUCAUCCAGAUCUCAGAGAAUGGAUGAUGGCAAAGUGUUUAUGGCCAGGGCGUCACUGCUGGAUGAACUGUUCGAGAUCAGCCACAUCCGGACCAUUUACCACAUGUUCAUAGCUGUUCUCCUCAUCUUCUUUUUGAGCACUCUGGCUGUUGACUACAUCGAUCAGGGCAGGUUAGUGUUGGAGUUUGACCUGCUGUUCUACGCCUUUGGGAAGCUGGGGACGGUCACUGUAGCCUGGGCCAUCAUGUUUUCUUACACCCUGAUCGUUCCCUAUUACACCCUGCUGUUUUGGGGCUCUUUGUACCACAAAGUCCUCUCCAAGUUGGGGCUGUCUCUGGGGAUGGGGCUGAUCCUGUCUCUCAUACAGACCUGCAUACUUGGAGUCUUCCCCAUCUAUGUUGUUGUGCACCACCAGUUGCCACCUGCAUCGCGGUUUAUUGUGAUACUGGAACAGAUUCGAUUCCUGAUGAAAACCUACUCCUUCUUAAGAGAAACGGCUCCUGUUAUCAUGAAGAAAUCUCCAAAGGAAGGGGAAAACCCCAGAUUCCCAACAUUUUCCAGCUAUUUGUACUUCCUCUUCUGUCCAACGCUCAUUUACAGGGAAUCAUACCCUCGAAAUCGCCACAUACGAUGGAACUAUGUUGGUAUUACUCUUGGCAUGAUUUUGGGGUGCCUGUUCUACGGCUACUUUAUCCUGGUGCGUCUCUGCGUGCCGGUCUUCAGAACCCAGACCAACGUGCCUUUCAGUAAACGAACAAUGGUUUUGGCUAUUUUUCACUCUAUAUUACCAGGAAUAAUGCUCCUCCUGCUGUGUUUCUUUGCCUUCCUGCACUGCUGGCUCAACCUCUUCGGGGAGCUCCUGCGUUUUGCUGACAGAAUGUUCUAUAAGGACUGGUGGAACUCUACGUCUUUUGCUAACUAUUACCGUACCUGGAACAUAGUGGUUCAUGACUGGCUGUAUUACUAUGGAUACAGGGACUUUCUUUGGCUGUCAAAUAGGAAAUUCCGAACUGCUGCCAUGCUCUCAGUUUUCAUCGUCUCUGCCGUCGUUCACGAGUAUGCUUUGGCCAUGGGCUUCGGCUUCUUCUACCCCGUCAUGUUCUUGCUCUUUGCCGUCUUUGGAGUGGCAUUCAACUUCACCAUGAACGACAAGCGACAGAGCCCUGUCUGCAACAUCAUAAUGUGGGUGUGUCUCUUCAUCGGUCAGGGUGUGCAGGUGUGCCUGUACUGCCAGGAGUGGUACGCCCAGAUAUACUGCCCACGGACAGGGAAUAGUUUCUGGGAGCUGGUGAUGCCUCGAUCUUGGUCCUGCAGCUACCAGAGAUGAGGCCAUCCCCCUCGCAGGCAGGAGGAAUAAAUGAUGAAGUCUGAAAGUCUGAAAAUGAAGGAGCUCUGCAAGGCCUGAUGGACUGAGUGUGGAAGAGAGCAAAGUUUUCUGUUAUCAGUGCGUAAAAGAUUUAUUGCAGUCAGGAUGUCAUGUCACUGAACUAUUUCAGAUUUUUAUUUGUGCUGGUGGUAUUUUUAUCACUAAUAUUCAUUAAAAUGGGCUGUAACCGAGCAUGUAGAACAUAUAGAACAUCAUACCAUCUGAUAACAACGGCACAUAAUACAACAUGGUAGUUCGGUGAAAUUUAGACUUUUGAUAGGUGGAGCUAGCCCAGCUGUUUCCCCUUUUAUAUGAGAAGUCAGCCUAGUCAUAUACACAAUACUGUAGAGGAGGAAAAAAAAGUACUGUAUGAUUGCAAGCCAUACAAUAUCUUAAUAAAUAAUAUUUUUAAGCAUUAAAUAAAUUUAAAUAUGGUAUUAACAAGCCCUUACAGGCUUCAGGUUUAUUACAGUUAGAAUAUUUAAUUGCAUUUCUUGCCUAGUUUAUUUUUAUUCCAGACAUGUUUACAAAAACACUUUUGUUCUUUUCGUUAUUGUAGAUUUUUAUAUGAGUUUUCUGUUUGUAGGACUGAAAAAAACUUAAAAGUGACAGAAAACUUUAAACAGGCUUUGACAAACACCGGGCACCUGGCCUGCAGUGUGUGUGCGCUGCGUGUUUAAUCCUGCCUCGGUUGACAUUCAGCUGCCAGGGAUUGGCUGGGAAAGCAGGUAUCCUAACCAGCCAACCACAGGCUGCACAGCAUCUUAUCAGUAUGCUACAAAGCCUCUGUUUGCCUGCCUGCAACGUCAUCCAGGAAGAAGAGGAUUACCAUUGGUACAGUGUUUGCAUUAAUGAUGUAAUGCUCUGUAAACUGAUAUACCGUAAUACCAGCGGGGCUCAUGGAGGCAAAUGCGGAACAGAUAGUUUUAGAGUGAGUGUCAAAGCAGAAAUGAAUGGAUUUAGUACAUUAAAUUUUAUGUUUGAAAAUAAAAUUUGUUUGCAUUUUCUUUAUUUAAAAAAAUCUGCAUAUUGUUUUUUUUUAUCUCCAGCUUUCUUUAUCAGGAAAUAUCUAUACAUACCUCAUUGCCAAUAAUGAGUCUCUAUCUUCUGCACACUGCAGAUGAAUCCAAAAGGGAAUGACGCUUUGCAGAAAUAAAGAUAAAAAAGUGAAAUCUCUAGUUAUUUAGCCACAUAAGGUCAUGGAAACUGGAAAAGCUUUUUAUAUAAAUUAAGCAGAAAUGGAACAGCUGGUAAUUCAUUUGGUAAAUCUUCGUUUUACAAUAGGACUUCUAUGAUCGGGAGAAAUAUCAACUUUUUCAUCUGCUAAAAGCUUCACGGUGUUCACUUGAACAGCAACAGUAAAGCCGUGAGCCUUGAAAACAAAAAAAGGGCUUAAAGAGGCUAAAAUGUUCAAUAAUCUGAGGGAAACGGCGAGGAUGUUACAUUUUCUGUAGGUUUUCACAAAGUUUGACCCCACUCACACAUACACACAUUACUAUCACAUUAUUAUACACCCAACAGCCACAGCGUGAAAACCACCUCCCCUCAUCGUGUGCAGGUCUCCCUCCUGUUACCCAAACUGAUCCCUCUGAUGAUGGACAGACUCUCAGGGGUGUCCUGUAGUGUCUGGAUACAGGAUAUUGAUGUUGGAUCCUUUCAGUACUCUUGCUCGUGUUUCGCGAGCAGUCCCUGCAGUGCAGGCUCAUUGUGUGAUGCUUGGUUUGCAACAGUGUUUAUUCCAUUAGUGCAUGUUGAAAGAGCUUCCAGAUAAAUGCCAGAACAUACUGUAGCACGAGAAGUAACUUUUUGUUUUACCUUAGCCACAAUAUUUUAAACCCCUGACAGGAUAUGUGUUCAAAAAUAUUAUUUUUAGUUCCAGUUUUAGUGUCUAUUUUCUCACUAUAGUGCUCAACUUACACCCAUGUUACUACACUGCAUGCAAUUUUCUUUUUCUGUCAUUAAAUUAUGAAUUUCUCACAAGAUACAAAUUAUGAAAACUCAUUACUCAUCACUAAAAAUAUGUAAAUCCUGUAACAAACUUUAAAACAGUCUGCACUGCACAAGGCUUACACUAAUCCUCUGCUUGCGUGGCAAUGCAAAAACUGCACCAAGUACAAGAAAUCUAAUGGUUUUCAUACUGUCGAUGGAAAAUAUGCUCUACUAGCUCACUUUGUCAGAGAAAUGUGAUUAUUUUCUU